GUCGCCCCGCCGGCCUGUGCGCCGCCCUCCUGCUGCUCUUCGUGGCCGCCUUGACGGCAGAGUCGGUGAGAGAAACAGAGACGAUGGACCCUCAGCUCUAUCCAGAGGAGUUUGCUUCUGGUGACUUGCCAGAUGAUGAAGAUGCGAGGCCUGACUUCACAAUUGAUGAAGAAGGUGAUGAUGAGUCAUCGGGGUCGGGAGAUGAUGCAGAUCAGGAGGUUGUCUUGUCUUCAGUCCCUGCCCAUCCUGAUGACUCUGUGAGCAAUUACAUCCCUGAUAGCAACAAAGACAGCAAGGGUAACGAUGAGCCGUCUAUGGUCGAAAACGAGAUUAUAGUUCCCAACCAAGCUGUGCCUCCUGAAGGAGAAGAUGUGUCCAACAAGAUCUCGAUGGCCAGCACAGCCACCGGCAGCAUCUUCGAGAGAACAGAAGUCCUUGCAGCUCUUAUUGCAGGUGGGGCGGUCGGGUUGCUGUUUGCCGUCUUCCUGGUCCUCCUCCUGAUCUAUCGCAUGAAGAAAAAGGAUGAGGGUAGUUACGACCUUGGCAAGAAACCAAUCUACAAGAAAGCGCCUACAAAUGAAUUCUAUGCCUAAGGCUUGCCAAUGCCGCAUACCCACUCGGGAGACAGAGACAGACUUUGUAAAAAGCUUUUGGACCGCAGACAGGAAGCCCUGAACAAAAUGCCUCUCCUUGGAUCUAAUGUCAAAGUGAUUUUUUU